AUGCAGGUGGAAUGGCGAGAAAGAAAGUGGAACAUUAUCUUGGAUGAUGCUCUCAUUUCGUGGAUACAGGGGGUUCUCCAAACUGCUGCUAGAAGUAACUGGAGGAUCCCAAAAGGUUGUGUGAAGAGCAGUGGUGGAAGAUCAAUUCACAUUGGUAGCGCAAUAAAUCGGCAGGGUCAGUACAUUCAGAUUUCAGAACAGGCAAGCAACGGAAGAACGUUCAAAGAAAUUAUUCCGGAAGACAGACAUCGAAAGGGAUGGGCUCCCAUUAUAUUCUUGCUUAGUGAAUUCUAUAGGGAAGAACUGAGAUGGAGAAUUCGGAACUCCUACGGGACCAUGUCAACUGAGGGCUCGUCGGAUGCUGAGUCGGGAAGUGGAAGACAUCUCUGGAAAUCGUAUGCUGAAGCCGUCAAGGGAGGGGGUUUCUAUGGAGCGGGGAAGUGCACAAUUAUGGGACAUGUAUCAGAAAGGUAUAUAGAUGUAGGAAAGGAGGGCGUACAAGAAAGAUGUGAAUAUCUGGGAAGAAGCCUAAUAAUCCGGUGGUGUGCUAAUCAGUCAUUCACGGCGAGUGAUAUCCCGAGUUUUAGAAGGUGGGCGGUUCGGAAUUGGGCGAUAGAUGAUAACUUUGCCAUCGAAGACAGAUCUGAUGGAAGCUGGUUCUUGGUAUGCCCAAGCGUGGCCGAGGCGCUGAGAAUUAAGAAGCUAAACCAUUUGUUCUUCAGAGGUGUGAAGUUGGAGAUUACCAGCUGGACAGAGGAGGAGGUAGCUCCAUGCGGGGAAGUCACAUGGAUUCUGGCUACAGAUAUCCCCCUACAUCUUAAGAGCGUCGAAUUGAUUAAAACCAUCGGUAACUUCUGCGGCGAUUUUCUUGAGAUUGAUUGGAAUCUGUGGUGUUUCCCUUUUGUGAGGAUUAGGAUCAGGAAAGUCAGAGUUAUUCCAGAUAAGGUUAUUCUCAAAUUUGGAAAUCAAUCGAUUGUGGUCGGAAUUUCGGUGCCGCCGGUGAAGAGUCUGUCCCAACGGACGUCUCAUUGGGGGAGGCAACGAGGGACACGCAUGCAUGGAGGGGUGGAGUCCGAGGCGAAUCGCUGUUCUCCUCAGUGGCGGCUGCGGAACAGGGAAGAAGGUUAUAUUUAA